CCCCGCCAUUCAAGCUGCUCCGCGCAACACCAACACCCUGGAUUCGUCGUGAUACCCUAGAACGAUCAGUGCGCUUACCCUGCAACAUUUACUCGACCCAGGCAAACCAGGCACCGCCCAAAAGAUCUUCAACAUGUCCAAGAUAACCCACAUCAGCGCGUCUCCGCAGUUCAAGAACAUCCUCUCCUCCAACACCUGCGUCGUCGCCGACUUCUAUGCCGACUGGUGCGGGCCUUGUAAGGCCAUCGCGCCUAUCUUCGAGCAGCUCGCCAGUGCGGAAGCAAAGCCUGGCCGGAUGGCGUUCGUCAAGGUGGACGUCGACGCCCACCAGGGCAUCGCGCAGCAAUAUGGCGUCUCGGCCAUGCCCACCUUUCUCAUCUUCAAGAACGGCACCGUGACCGAGACGAUCCGUGGAGCGAACCCGGCCGGCCUGCGUGCCGCCGUACAGAAGGCCGCGGCCGACGCCGCCAAAGGCCCCGCCAAGCAGAGCUCUGCCUUCGAGUCGAAGGGCCACGUGCUUGGCGGCGCAGGCACUCAGACUAGCACAACGAGGGAUUGGGGCUUCGCGGUCUCGCGCCAUGGCGGCUUUAUGGAUACGCUGGUGCGCUUCUUCGCGUUAUAUUUCACGAGCUUACUCGCGUUCGAUGCGUAUGCGGCGGCAGAGGCCAGUCCAUUUAAUAUCAAGGCCAGGAGGUGAAAGAGGCUGCGGAGUGUUGGGCGUAUCUGGAGUGUUUGGGGAUGGAGUUUCCGUUUUAGCCUGAAAGUGCGUGCAUGAGUGGCUUCCAUGGACAGAGUGCUAGAUGUGAUUGGUUGCUGGAGCUGCCCCUCAUGUUCGUAGGUAGCUUUUCAGCUGUAUAUCCUAGUACGACGAUUGGCCCUGUAUGGCAAUUAACUGGUUUGGCAUGCAGCAUGCGCUUUCAUGAAUGGUUCUGCGAAC